AUGUAUAUCCCCUCUACCACGCUAGUAAUAGCCCUCGCAGCAGCAGCGCACGCCAAAGUCGCCCCCGAAUGGCUGCAGGAGAACCACUCGAACGGCGAUAACCCACCAACAGGAAAGGUCGACGACGUCCAGAAGGUAGUCCUAACGGGCGGCCGAGAUGCCCUGAAUCAGACUCAGGAUGCGAGCUGUCCAACCAUCAUGAUUGGGACGGCCAAGCCGAGCGGUGAUAAGGAUACCGGGUGGAAGGAAUUGCCUACUGUUGCUGGAUUCGAUGUCAAGCGCCUUGUUGUGGACGACGAUACCAACGCUACUCUGCCUUACUUUAUCGAGAACACAAAAGACUUCAGCCAGAUUAAGCGUGCGAUCGUGACAAUUGCCGGUGCCCGGAGAAAUGGGUGGCAAUAUGCCAACGAUAUGCGCAAUGCGCUAGUAUGCGCGGCCGGCAAAGACAGCGUCAACGCAAACAUGGACCGCGUGCUUGUUACAACUCCACAAUGGCUCAACGAGGACGAUGUAGACGCGGGCGCUGCCACGCCCGAUGAUAUCUACUUUGAAAGUAGCGAUUACCAAAAGGGCAGUGCUGCAGUCGGUCCAGGGGAUGUGAAUCUGUCUUCUUUUGAAGCGAUGGAUAAACUUGUCGACACUUUCUGGAACAAGGAUAUUUAUCCUGAACUCGAGACCGUCGUUAUUGCUAGUCAUUCACUCGGCGCCCAGAUGAUCCAACGUUACGCCAUGCUCCGCCCAACCCAACCCAAAGACUCCAACGUCCACUUCGGCGUCAUGAACCCAGGCUCCUACGUGUGGCCCGUCACAGACCGACCUGACGACGACAACACCUGCAACGCCACCUACAACGACUGGCCGUACGGGAUUAGCGACAACGAGCCAGACGCCUUCCCCAAGUACGUCCGCAGCGAUGCGGUCGCCGGCCGAUCCGACAUUCGGGAACGGUAUUUCUCAAGAAACAUCUUCUAUGGGCUAGGUCUGAAGGAUCACGGCAAGGGAGACUCGAAUUGCCAGGCGCAGUGGCAGGGGAGCACACAUUUGGGCCGCGGGAGGAACUUUGAUAGUAUGUUGAAGGGACUCUCUGCCGGGUUUCCGAAGAGCCAGUCUGUGCAUUAUAUUGAGGGGGUUGCGCAUCAGGAUUAUGAUAUGUUUAUUUCGGACGCCAUGCAGCGGAAGAUGUUUUUGUUUGAGGAACAGUGA